AUGGGCGGAGGAGGCAAGAUCCCGUAUCCCAAGCACGUCUGGUCGCCAGCCGGCGGCUGGUACGCACAACCCGCCAACUGGAAAGCCAACACCGCUGUCUUGGGCCUUGCGAUGACCGGCAUCGUCGGAAUGGUCUGGAUGCUCAGCGCCAACCUAGAGCAUCGCGAUAGGAUGCCCGACCCGAACAGAUUCUUCCCGAGCCGAUAUUGGAGCAAGCAGAUCAUUGAGCACGAGCGGAAACUGAAGGAGCAGGGCGCCAUUGACAAGCCAGUCGAGAAGUAA